CAAGACGGAUCAUGUGGUUUUGCGUAUCCUUGAUGAGAUUUCCAGUCGGCAGUAAAUAAGGCCGCGGUCGCUGCCAGCGAAUCCGGGGACAUGGUGGCCCUCUCGGCUUCCGCGCUGGCCAUGAAGGGUGAGGACGCGAGCAACAGCAGCGCGAGCGCUGCGAUGAGGACUGAGGAAGGGACAAAUACGGCGCCGGCCGCCGUAAACGCGGCUCAACCCGCGGCUCAACCCGCGGCCCACGAGCUGGUCUCGGUUGCGGUUGAUGCCGAUGAAGCUCUUCCACUCGUGGCUGGCGUCGUCGCCCGUCAAGAAGGCGCGCUCGCCCUCCAGAGCGUGUCGGCGGGCGCGCGGCGGCGCCAGCUGCAGCAGCUGCUGCAGAUGGACGAGGGCGAGCUGUUCAUGGAGCUGAUCCGCGACGUGGCCAACGAGUUGGACAUCGACGUGCUCUGCCACAAGAUCCUGGUGAACGUGGGGCUGCUGACGCGCGCCGACCGCUGCUCGCUCUUUCUGGCGCGCGGGCCACGCGACGCGCGCUACCUCGUCGCCAAGCUGUUCGAUGCUUCUUCGAAGUAUUCAAAACUGAGAAGUGAUUUUCUCUACUCUGAAAAAAAAAAUAUUAUUGAUUAUUUUGUAUUCUUAUUAUUGAUUUGGCCAUUGUUUUGCUUCCCUUUUUUCUUUAAA